UGUUAUGGAAAUGGGGACGGGGUUCUAAGUGGUCGGGUGGUGUGGAAGGUAUAAAGUCCCCAAAACUGAAAAACAUGUUCUUGAAAGGACCUUGAUGUUAGUCUGUCCUGGUAAGAGGUUAUACCAGAAAGAAGAAUGGCUACUUUAGGAGACCACAUCUAUUUGGGGUGUAUACUUAUAGCCAGUGCCAUCUGGUGGACGAUUCAAGCUUCCAAGCGGUACAAUUUCUCUCGCCAAAGACAGCAGGAAUUCUUCACUAGUGUCACUUUCCCCUGCUGUGCAGCUUUGCAGAAGUACCCUGUAGAAGCAGUGGUCAAAAUCAUUGCUGGUUUUCUAGGUAUUUUGUCCCAGUUGAGGGUUGGUGAUGAACACAGUCGGAGAGCACACAUGGAUAGUCUCAACCUUGGUAAAGCACGUUUUCUGCCCGUUUACUUGGCAAUUGUGAUAUCUGGAGUAACAGAUGCCCUUGUCAAAUGGUAUCCACGCCAGAUCCUCAGUAAGCUUAACUGGAUUUUGCUGGCAAUGGUCUAUGUGUUGCUAAUGCUUCUGUUCUGGAACCCUGCUGGUAGUUUGGAUGACGUGUUGUUUGUGUUAGGUCAGCUGGAGGGAUUCUUGGCAGGAUUCUGCUGCUUCGUGGUCAUCAUGGAGGCUAGGUUUUCUCGAUCCAUUGGAUUUUGUCUCCUCAGAGGAUAUUUCACCCUGGUAAUGGGAUCAUGGAUGUGUCACAUCGGUCUGUUGUCCUCAGAUGAUACGCAAAACCAGUAUCCCACUUCUGAUACCAAUAUUUUCUCCACUCCUCUCAAUGAACUCGAAGGCCACACCCGCAUCAUACUGGUCACCCUGUAUUUCACAUGGCACUGUGGCAUUGGCAUGUUGUUACAGCUGAUUAUCUGGAUAAUAACAAUGAGACUGGCCCAGGAGAAUCAGUGUCUCUGCCCAGUACAAGAGGCAAAAACGACAGAUGGUGUCUGCUUGGAGAACCGUGUUUACUUGGAGGAAAUUGACAUUCUGGGACAUUAAACUUUCAGCUGUGCAUAUUAAGCUGCUGUCUACAUAUUUCAAGCAAGCCUGGAAAUUAUUUUUAAACUGGUGCAGGACAUAAUGGCCUGUCAUCUGUUUAUUCACACCAUGAUUAAAAGGGUUAAAAAUAAAUUAUAUUACUUACAUGAAUUUUUUUUUGUCAUGUAAACUUUAUAACCCUGUCAAAAUACUAUUUGACACAGGACAAUCUAACACUGCCCUUUUCCUGUCAUUCAUUUCCAGGCUUGUCACGGUGCACAGAUAUCAGGCAGCUGCCUUAUUGUCAUAUAUACAAGUGAACAGAAUUAUGCUCAUUUGAGCUAUGUUGAAGUUUUGAACUUGUUUACGGUGCUAGAGUUUCGAACAUGAAUGGUGCUAUACACCAGUCUUAACUAUGCUGGUUUAACUUUGUAAAAAAUUUUUUUACAGAAUUUUGAACUUUUUCAUAUGGACAGGUUUUUACAGUUUAUAUCAUAAUAAUAUUUUCUCUCAAAGUAGAUUGUGGUAGAUAUUUUAGGUGUAUUUUAAUGAACAUUUACAUUUAUAAUUUGUCUCAAAUGUAAACAACCAAAGAGAAUGAAAAGGAUUUUGACUUUGUAUGUUGACAAAAAUGUCACACUUACUGACCUGACCUUUUAAUGUUAACUGAAAGCUUUACAUGAACAUCUUGUACUGAUAUUAUCUUAUAUAAUAAGAUAUUAACUUUUAAUUUUGCUUGAACUAUACUUUAUUGGUUUACAUGGUUAAUGAUAUUAACAAAAAUAAGGGUUCACAUAAAAAGCUUAAUUUGUAAGAAAUACAGUGUACAUAUUUAUGGGGGUCACUUAAGAGUCUGUUGUGAAGUUUGAUUAAUUUCAUUGUUGGCAUCAAAAAUAGCAUUUUAAGACCUUUGUGUGCUUCUGAAGUGCUUCUGUACUGGUCAAACUUUAAACAAAACAGAGAAGUUAUAAAUGAGGUUAUGUGGAUAACAACUAUCCACAACUAUCCUAAAGCAUUAGGAUUCUGUUGUUUUUAUGCUUGACAAUGAUAUUAGUUUAUUAUUUAUUAAAACACCAUCCUGUAAGGAUUAAACAAGAAGUACUUAUCCAUAAAACCUCAUGUUAUGUUAGCCAUCGUAUCUGUCAUGUUAACUAAUAAACAUGUUUUCUUUUUUCAAAACAUUAGCGACAUUGUUUUUGCCUUUGCACCAUUAUAUACUUUGCAAUAUGGAAUUAUGCAUAUUGCUUUUGCAAUUAUGCAUGUUGUUAUUUACAAGAAGCCAUCUGUAACAGGAAGCAAGGCUCUACAUUGUUGAACAUUGUAAGCACUCGUUUUUUCUGAAUAUCUUGUGAUUGUAGUAUAUUUAUUUCUGUGUGUGCCAUGAUAUUGUAAUUUUUACCCACUUUUAUUGAGGCUUUGUCGUCGAGGACAAACCAUGGAGUGAUAUACCAUAAUCGUAGUAGUGUACAAAAUAUAAAAUUUACUAAUGAUCAAUACCAGUUAAUAAAUGUUGUGUUGAAUAAAUACAAUGUCUCGGACUAUCCGAUUGUGGUGUUCUCGCUGCUUGUGGGGCCUUGGUGACAAUAAUCAAUAAAUGGUGCUCAUCUGUGGUAGUCUACACCGCCUUAUGGUCGUGAGUACAGUAAUUUAUCAAUGUUUUGUUCUUUAGGCUGAAAAACCUGGGAAACUGAGCGUUAUUGUAUAAGGGAAAAUUUCAUGAGGGUGGUACUAUAAUAAAUAAAUAAAUGCUCACUUCAGAGGUUGGGAUGAAAGGACUGCACCUCUGUAUAAAUGAGAACUACUGACACUUCAUUCCUUGUUUCCCCGUCAAAACAUUUUGGAAUUUUAAUGCGGACGGCAGAACAAUUUUUCAGUAGCAUUAUUUUAUGAUGAUGGACAAUAUCUGGCCCCCAAAAAUGUAUUACAUGUAACUGAUAUGUGGGAAGGUGAUGGGUAAACAGGGAUUGAGUGUGAUGGCAGGCCUUGAACAAAGAAUAAUACAUGUACAACAAUACUAGUGAUAUAAAAACUUGUAUAUACAUGUAUUAUAUUACAAAGUGAUAUACAUAAAUACAUAGAUGUAUUUAUAAAACACAAAUAUAUCAAUGAAUAAAAAAAUGACAAAAAUAACGACACUUUCAAAGACAAGCAAUUUUGAACAAAUGAUUUUGCACAAGAAAUGUCAUAGUUUGCAAAACAUCCUAGGUUAACUCUUCAAUAAUGGUUUGUCUUUGUCUGCUUUGCCUUUAAAAAUCUAUUGUAAAACAAAAUAGCUGCUCUGGAAUAACUGUACAUUCUAUAAUACAUUUGUACUUUUUGCAAGAUGAAUUUCUUAACAAAUGUGAACUUGAGAAGACUUUGGCAGGAUUUUAGCACAAUGUGUCUAUCUACCUACCUUAUUUUUUUAUUUCAUCCAAUUUCUUCAGCACAAAAAAAAAAAAAAAAAAAA